UCGAGCAACAGCCUCUCAGAACGAGGGAGUGGAAAGAGUGUGACACACUUACCGAACAGUAAUGUGAAACGAAGGUUCUCUGACAGUGGUGCGAGGGGUAAACUAAAGAUGGCCAGCCGCCGUGUUCCACUAGUCUUGCUCGCCUGCGGCUCCUUUAAUCCCAUCACCAACCAGCACAUGAGGCUGUUUGAGCUGGCCAGAGACCACAUGCACAGCACAGGCCAGUACCAGGUGGUGGGUGGCAUCGUGUCUCCAGUGAGUGACGGCUAUGGGAAGCAAGGCCUGGUGCUGGCUAAGCACCGAAUUGCUAUGGCAAAGCUGGCGCUCCGGAGCUCUAACUGGGUCACGGUUGAUGAAUGGGAGAGCCAGCAGCCAGACUGGAUGGAGACUGCGGUCACCAUGAGGUAUCAUUAUGGGCGUAUUCUGACGGAGUGUGAGCAGAGCACAGGAACGCACAACGACUCCAGCGGAAACACCGUUGCCCUCUCAAGCCCCUGUCCCCAGUUAAAGCUUCUGUGUGGAGCUGAUUUCCUGGAAACCUUCAAGAUCCCUGGCCUGUGGCAGGACGACCACGUGGAGGAGGUGGUUGGACAUUUCGGCCUCGUCUGCGUCAGUCGAGGGGGGCUUGAGCCCGAGCGAGCCGUGCACGUGUCGGACACGCUCUCGCGCCACCGUCGAAACAUUUUCCUUGUGAGGGAAUGGGUGAGGAACGAGACGAGCGCCACAGAGGUCCGCCGGGCUCUGAGACGGGAUCUGAGUGUGAAAUACCUGAUCCCAAACUCUGUGAUAGAAUAUAUUCACCAGCACAACCUCUACACACAUGACAGCGAGAGGAUAAAUGAGGACACGGUCCUCAGGCCGCUCGCCAAACAGGCUGUGAAGAGUCUGGAUGACUAUGUCAAUGUUGCCAUCAGGAAAAUCGCCACCUUGUUGAAGCCAGACAAGGACAUCUCCCACGAUGGGGACCACAUAGUCAUCAAGACCCUCAGCACCUUCAAAAACUACAACAUGGACUUCCAUGUGGGCAAAGAGUUUGAGGAGGAUCUGUCUGGAGUGGAUGACAGGAAAUGCAUGACCACCAUCACCUGGGAGGGAGACAAACUGGUGUGUGUGCAGAAGGGAGAGAUUGAAGGAAGAGGCUGGACCCACUGGGUGGGUGGAGAUGAGCUUCAUCUGAUAUCGAUCACUGGGAGCACAAGUUUCCUGUCAAUCUCUUGUGCAUAUAUCAGAACGGCGGACUCCGCCACUGACAAUGCAAAGAGGACACCCUGCACCUUUCCCCUCCAUACACUGUCUAAAGUCUACACACACACAUUAGCGUCACCAGCUGCCACCAUGCCUGCAAACUUCAGUGGGAAAUGGAUACUGGAAACCAAUGACAAAUUUGAGGAGUAUUUGAAAGUGUUGAAUAUUGACUUUGCCACAAGGAAAAUUGCUAUCUCCCUAUCUCAGACCAAAGUGGUAGCCCAAGAUGGAGACAAGUUUAACUUCAAAACGUUGAGCACCUUCAGGAAUUAUGAGCUCGCCUUCACUGUAGGGGUUGAGUUUGAUGAGCACACCAAAGGACUAGACAACAGAAACAUCAAGUGUCUGGUGACCUGGGAGGGGGACAAGCUGGUGUGCACUCAGAAAGGAGAGAAGGCCAACCGUGGCUGGAAACACUGGAUCGAAGGAGACAAACUCUACCUGGAGCUGACGUGUGAAGAUAUAGUUUGUGUUCAGAUGUUCAAGAGAAAAGAAUAAAAGGCAAAUGUAU